GGGACAGGGCCCGUCGAGGAGAGGAGGAUUUCGCGUCCGUAUACGUUUUCCGACGUGCACUCGACGGAGAGGCUUCCGCAUUGGACAACGAAACGUCGUUCGCCGUCGGAGGCCAUCCGUCGAUCUCCCUACGCCGGUCUCCGUGUAGUUCUCUCGGACCCUCCUCUCUCUCGUUCGGUCUCUCGCCCGUCCGCUCGCAACCCCCGUCGUCUUCGGGACGCCCGGUGUUGUAGCACCGCCGUACUCGAUACAUAGAGACACGUAUAACGUCAAACUACUUUUCGCGGUGCGCGAAAGAAGCGAGAGAGGUGUGCCCCGCUCCAUCUCUCGUUGGGCCUCGAGAAAGCAGACGAAGGGACUGACAACUUGGAGACGGACAGUCUCCAACGCGCGACAUCCCCCUUUCCUCCGAGGGACAUCCCGUUAGUCACGGGCGACGUCAUCGUUCGCCUAUUACCGCAGUGGUAACAGCCCUCCAGGAUACUUCCGGAACCUGGAAUUCGGUUCGUUCGAGGCUACCCCCCGGCUCGUGGUACCCAGGAAUAUUGCUGGGGGAGUGUAACGAGUAACCAGCAAUGAGUACCACGGACCCUACCGGGGAGGGUGGAGGAGGGGGAGGAGGAGAAAGCGCCACAACGACUAACGUCGAGCAGACUCCAUCCCCAAGCACGCCGAUCACCGGCACCUCCGUACCGAUGCAGGCGACCACUCAACAACAACAACAACCGCAACAACAUCCGCCACCGUCGCCCUUGAGCGGCUGCUACCUUCUCGUGGUGCUUCCUGAGCCUCAUACCGCACAACAUAAGGACCUUAUCCUGAAUCGCCUCGCAAAAGGUUUUCUAUCAUGGGACAAGGACAGUUGUCACGUAGAUCUGGAGAAGGAAUUAUUGGCCUUAGUAGCGCAAGCCCCCGAAGGCGAAGAAGCCAGAAAUGGCGAAAGAUUGAUCCAAUAUGCCACCGAGAACCUCGUAACGGAAGUUCUCAUUCACCCACAGACGAAUACAUUAUUACAGUGUAUUCGCAAUCUCCUUGCAAGUUUCACGAAACAUCGGCACAUCAUACACGCUGGAUACACAUUCGGUGGUAAUGGUUCCUGGAUACUGCAGGAUGGAACCUUCAGUCUCGCAGACUUUCUGGAUGCGUUCAGCGAACAUGAGGUGCAAAGAGUCCUUCGUGCCUACGAGAAUAGCGUUACCGUAGAUAUACAUUGCGCGGGUGUCGGCGAUUGGACGACAAGUCGAUUGUCGAAAGAGGCUUGUUGCAGAUCUUGCAGAGUCAGAGUAAACCCCGACGAUGUUCUGACAGCCGGCGUGCCGGCUAUCAUGAGUUUUACGAAUUACAUCGGACAGUACCUAGUGUCGCAAACACUGGACCAGCUCAUGGAGCCGUCCGACGUCGUUGGAAACAUUAGAUUUAGCCAUCCAACCUUAUACGUCUUCCCCGGUGGGCAAGGUGACGCCGCUCUUUUCGGUAUAAACGGUUUCAACAUGCUCGUCGACGGCGGCUUUGCUAGGAAAGCAUGUUUUUGGGAUUUCACCAGGCAUCUCGACCGAUUGGAUGCUGUUCUAGUCACUAGGAUAAAUAAUAGUAACAUCGGCGGCAUGUUUAGCGUUCUUCGCAAGAAGAAAGAGAUGCACGUCUAUCCUCAGAUCGGCCAUUUCUUCUGUAACUUAAUCGAAAGAAGACAAUCAAAUUCACCCGAUGGCGAUAAGGACAUUGAUCCGCUCAUUUUCAACCUCACUGAUAUUGGUCAAGAGAUGGUGGUGAACCUUCGACACGUUAAUCUUCGCGCCCAUCCUUGCUACAGAGAUCCCGAUCCAAUCAACCUCUAUCACAAGGUGGGCCACGGGACGCUGGAUAUGUACGUGCUCAGCCCGAGCAAAGACAGUCGCGAAGUGCGCGAAUUCCUGGCGAAGUGGCACACGUCAGAUUCGAAGCUGUUUGCAGGUUCUCAUAAAAAAGAUUCGAACAAUCUCACAUUCCCGAUACAGAAUCUCGUGUCGAUAUGCGCGCUUCUAGUUUGGCAGCCGGCCAAUCCCGAGGAUAACAUCACGCGGAUUCUCUUUCCCGGCAGCACGCCGCAACACAAGAUCUUCGAAGGUUUCGAACGAUUAAAACAUCUGGACUUUUUAAAGCAUCCAGUAUGUUCAGCGAAGACUCUGUCACCGUCAGUGUCUUUAGCGACACUCAGAGAUAAGCCAACCAAGCAAAAACUUAGUCUUAUCGAGAAAGAACCCAAGAAAAUUUUUGAGCCAAAGAAAGAGAAGAGAGAACCAUCGGAGCCCAAGUCCAUCAAGGCCGCAGACGAGACUGUACCCAAGAGUAUCUCUCAAUCGACACCGAUUAUAGCUGCUAGUAAACCUAAGAUCGAAAUGAAGACGAAGAAAGUUGUGGAAAAUAAGAAGAUCGAGACUGAGGCAAAAGAGAGUAAGAAAAUUGAAAAAGAACUGAAAGAGGUGAAAAAGGAGCCCAAGAAGGAACCAAUUAAAGUGGAGAAGCCCGAAAAACGAGAAGACGAUGUGAAAAAGACUGAUUUAAUCAAACCGGAGUCCGAGAAAAUCAAGGAACCUAAGGAACCUAAGGAACCGAAGCCCAAGCCCGAACCAAAAAAGAAAGAACCAAAAGAAAGCAAGGUGAAAGUUGAAUUGAAGAAAAGCGAAUUAACUCCGAAGCCAAAAUUGAUUGAGAAAAAAGCUAAACCUUCUGGUGUAGAGAAAAGAGACGCUAUGAAAUCCUCCCCGACUACUCCGAAGAAGACUCUGAAUGGUGCUGCAACAAAGACAGAGAUAUCGAAAGCUGUACCGAAAGUGAAACCGGCGGUCAAGGUUGCUCCAAGUCUUCCAGCCAAGAGUGCUAAGGAAGCUAACAACAGGAAAGUGGUGGAACAGAAGAAAUCUGAAGUCGAGAAGUCUGCCGUGAAGGAUUCUGCAGCGCCAGUUGUCAAGGUGACCGCAAAACCUAAACCAAUGGACAGGAAGCCGAUCAGUCGUCGCACGAAACCGGUUAGUCCCAAUAAAGCCCGUAUGCCGGGUAGCCCCGCGAAAUCUACUCGCAGUACUCCGACCGCUUCUGUAAAAUCGGACAAAGACGGCGUUAUUCGUAAAGUAAAAGGCGACAAAGGCACUACGGAUUCAUCCACAGUCUCCACUCCAUCUGGCAUAGAACCAGAAGUUGUAAAACCGAUUGAUAAGAGCUUAAUUGAACAAUCUGAAGAUAUAUCAUUAGAUUCAAUAGAAAGUAAAGUAUUGGCAGAUCUCAAAGAAGAGCGAGAGGUAGUGGAAGAAAUUGAAGCUGUUUUACAAAAGGCGGAAAGAAUCGAAGAAAUCCGAAAGGACGAUCGUUUUGAGGGUGAUGAUGAAAUCACGGCUGAAGCCACUGAUAAGAAAGAGGAGGAUAUUACAGAAGAGGAUGUUACCGCCGAGAUUGAAGAUGUGCCUAAGAAGGAAGGUUCUAGAAAAGAAAGUCAGGAAUUGACUGAAGAGGACGAAUAUCUUAUCGUGGAGAAAGAAGAGGUUUACACCGAAGAUUCUGCUCAGAGCGGCGAGGGCGAACAAAAGCACGUUCUCGACGAAGCUCAGUCGGAAAAGGCAAAAGUACUAAAAGAUGUGGAGGCAAUGAAGGAAAAGGGCGAGAAGGAGGAACCUGAGGAGAAGGGAAAAGAUGACAGUCCGGAAAAGAAAGUAGAAAAGAUUUUGGAUAAAGGAGAGAAAGAAAUCGCUGAGUUAUCGUCGGAACAUAAGGAACAAUUACAGGAAGAAGUAAAAGAGAUAAUAGCAUCCGCAGCCGAAAUCGUACAGAAAGCCGAAGAGAAGGACGACUCCGGUAAAAAAGACAGCGAGGACAUCACGAAAGAACCAUCCAGUUUAAGUCCGGACAAAUUAGAUUCAUCGGAGAAAAAAACAACCGAUACAGACAUAAAACCGGAUGUCGAUCAAAAAGAGAAUAUUCUUGAAAAGAUGGAAGAGUCUCAGGAGCGAAUCUCGACAAUAGAAUCGGGGGCUACUACAACUGCUCCGACUUUACCAGAAGACGAGCGAAUACCGUUGGAUGAAAUAAAAGAGGAUAUUGACGAGAAACAUGUUAUUGAAGAAGUAAAGGAGAAGGAUGCUCCUGCAAAGCUGAAAAAGGAAGUCAUUCCGGAAACUGUUCUCGCGGCUGCCAAGCCGGAAGUCAAAGUAUUUGAUGUUCGCCAGGCGAUACCUAAUUUGCAAAGAGACAUUGUUAAAACACCAGAUGAGGUCGCCGAUCUUCCGGUUCAUGAAGAAGUCGAUCCUAAGCUCUACAGAAUGGAAGAUUUCGAGAAGGGAAAAGAGGAGAAACUAUCGCCAACUGCGCAAGAAGAUAAAGAAUCGUCUACUCCGCCCGCAAAAGAGCAGAAGGGUGUUUUUAGUUUCUUUGGCAAGGUGGCGGAUAAAUUUGAAAAAGGUAUCGAUAAAUUGACCAAGAAAAAGAAGGAUUCUGAGAAGGAUUCCGACGAAAAAUCUUCCUCAAAAUCAAGUUCUCCAAAAGAACCAAAGGUGCAAGAGAAGACGGUCUUGGAAGAGGUUGAUAUGGAGAAGGUAUUCCCUAAAAUUGGCAAGCCCGUUGACAAACCCGAGACAUUCGAAGAGGCGAAACCUACGACUGUUGAUGUGAAAGUAGCUGCCAUCAAGGAAACCGCGGCAUUUAUACAGGAAGAGAUACUGGACAUACAGAGGAAGAGUGUGCCGGAUAUCGAAGAAAAGCUUCCUACUGAUAAGUUAGAUGAAAUUAAAAAAGUAGAAGCCAAAAUCGAGGAAUCAUUCCUUGCAAAGGACGUAUCACCAGGAGUCGUUUCACCAACAAAACUAAUUGAAGACAAGGAAAUUGCGAAGGAGAUUGAACUUUUAAAGGAAGAAGAUAUCGGAGAAGAUGUAGAAGAGGUAAAGGCACUUUUGGAGGAAGCUUCGAAAAAAUUCAAAACUGUGAAAGAUAGUUUAAGAGAUUCAUUGGAAUCUUUGGAAGAUAAAAUUAAAGAAGAGAUAGCUGAGAUACAUGAAACACCAUCCGCCCUGAAAGAUAUGGUAAAGGAUACUUUGGAAGGGGUGGCUGAGAAAUUGGAAGAGAUAAAGCCACAUAUCGAGAGUCACUUACCCGACAUAAAAGAACCGGAGAAGGUCAAGUUUGCUAUACCAAAAGAUGAAGAAUUCGAAGAGGAAUACGAAGAGGAAAUACAGGGUCCAUAUAGAGACAUGAAAGAAGCUGUUAGGGAUGUCGGAGAAGUCCUUGCUGGUACUGCCGGUAUCGAGCUCGAAGAUAAACCCAAGGAUGUCAUAGAAAUUGUGAAGAAAGUCGCCGAGGUUCUCAGAGAAGACGAUUUUCUUUCCGACAAAACGUUAUUCGAGCAAGCUCCUAAAAAAGAAGAGAUUUCACCGAUUUCGACGGACAGAAAACCGUCAAAAGAAGAAAUCUCCCCAAUUUUGACGGAAAAGAAGCCUUCUAUACCAAGUGAAAAAAUAUCUCCAGAGAAGGUUGCUAAAUUAGAAGAAGAGGAACUCAAACUUGCUCACGAAGAUAUUGUGAUACCGAAGAAAGUUGAUGUUACUGAAGUAUUUCCGGUUCAUGAAGAAUUUGAGAAAUUUGGGAAGGCCGACAAACUUCCAUACGAGAAACCUGACGCUCUCGAGGUAAAAGAAGAACCUUGUAUAAAAGUGGUGAAAGAAAAGGAUGAUAUAAUAACAUCGCCUAUAAAGGACGUGGCGAAAGAUAAACGGGAUGCGCAAAAAAUUUGUGAAGAGAUAUUAAAGGAUGAUCAACAUAUUUGCGAUCAACAUAAAAAACCGAUGGACGAUGAUACAUCUCGAGUAGAUGUGAUGCAGGCUGGUAUCGAGGACGUAUGCGUGAAGGAAGUAGCGAAACGACCAUCUUUCGAGAAGAAGCUGGAGGACGAGAUAGAAGAAUCCGUAAUCGGCUUUGAGCAAAAGAUUUCGCCGGCGAAGGCGGAGAUAGUGAUGGUGACUCCCGGUUCUACGCCAACUUCGCCGAAAUUUGUCACGGACAAGAUAUAUGACGAAGGACUGGAAAUUGGUUAUCGUGAGUUGCCAGAGGAUAUCAAGCAAAUUCUCAGCAAGGAAGUGCCAGUUGAAGAAAUAAUCGAGGAAUUGAUUAUCACGAAGAAGAAGAAGGUUACUAUCGAAGUGAUCGAAUAUAUCACCGUAACGAAGCACAUCCCGAGAGAGCGCGUGAUUUACGUUAUCGAAGAGAUUAUCACGAAGAAGGGACUUCCCAGAGAAAGUGUGAUAGACGAUCCAGAGAUUCUGAGGUUGAAGGAAUCUAUCACACUUGAAAAGAGAAUGGAGAUCGAAGAAUAUAUCCUUAACGAAUAUAUUGUUAAAGGAAAACGAAUUACCAUAGAAAUCGUUCAAGAAAUCUCGAUUAAGAAAGUUGUGCCUAAAAAGAUUGUCAUCGAAAUUAUUGAAGAGAUUAUUGUUAAGAGAAAACUUGCUAGGCAUAUGAUAUUAAACGUUCCUGAAGAAGUAUUAUCGGAAAUAAUUAAAGAGAAAUCGCCGGAAGAAUCGCCAGAACAAUCGGCAGAGGAGCAGAUAACAGAGGAACAGCAAAUAGACAUAACUGCGAAACAAAAAUUCGCUGCUGAAGUUCCUGAUGCUCCAACCGGAGAAGAAAAACUGACUGAUGAAGGCGUGUUUAAAUCUUAUAUUGAGGAAUUUAUCGUUAAUGAGUACGUUACUAAAGGGAAAAAGAUUACCGCAUCGACAAUCGACGACAUUUCUAUUCAAAAGACAGUGCCCAAGCAAAUUCUUAUUGAAAUUAUCGAAGAAAUUAUUAUUAAAAGAAAGAUUCCCAAGAACACGGUACUUGAUGUUACGGAGGAAGAAUUAUUAGCAAUUUCUAAAAAGACACCUGAGGAUGAGAAAGAAAAAUUAGUCGCUGAGACACCUAGCGUUCCAGAGAUUCCAGAAAAGGAAUCGAUAACUUCGCAAAAAAGAGCAGAAAUUGAAGAAUAUAUUAUUAACGAAUAUAUUACCAAGGGGGAUAAUAUUAAUAUUAAAAAACUUGAAGAAAUAUGUGGUAAAAAGAAGGUACCUAAGAGAAUCAUCAUUGAGAUUGUAGAAGAAAUUAUCAUUAAGAGAAAAAUACCGAGACAUACAGUACUUAGUGUAACCGACGAAGAAUUAUCGCAUAUUAUUAAGGAAGAAGCGAUUCCAGAGUCGCAAGUACUGACUGAGAAACCGGUCGCAGAAGUGCCCAGCACUGAAGAGAAAAAAAGUCCAAUUGAGUUAAAAAAAGACAAGAAAGAAGAUGUUCUUGAGCAAGAAAUGAGCGCUGAAGAGGAGUUAUCGGCCACAUCCGAAGAGGAGGACGUCGAGAAGGAAGUGGAUGGAUUUGUUAGUAUACCCAGAAGGAUUUCCGAUACGGCUGAUAUAAAGAAGAAAGCGAUUUCAGAGAUUCCAUCUUCAGUAACGAAGGAACAUGAGAAAGACGUGAUUGACGACUUCGAAGCUGUCGAGCAGGAAUAUAAAGUACGUGAUGUACAAUCUCCCGAGAAAGCGAGCGAGAUGAAAGAAAAAGAAGACAUUGAAGAAUCUAUGGAAGAUACCACAAGUGAAGUGAUCGAAGCAGACGAGAAGUUCGUGCAAGAAACCAAAGGGAAAGUGGGAAUAGAAGAGCUUCAGAUUGCAAAGGAUAUUAAACCAACUGAUGAGAAACGAGAACCUGUAGAACGGGAAAUAUCCGAAAUAUCGGAAAUUGUCGAUACUACUGAGAAAUAUUUAGACGAGGCUAAGGAAAAGACGGAUGACAUGCUUCAAAAAGAGACUGCUACAACAUUGACGCCAUCAAUCUCCGACAAAGCAGAAAAGUCUUCAAUCGAAGACUCAAGUAAGGAAACACCCAAAGAUUUCUCCGAUAAGCGACCAUCAAUUGACGCACCAGAUAUUUCUAAAUCAAUUACACCAAGCCCAAAGAUAAUUGACGAGAAACUUGAAAUGCAAGAAAUUGAGCCUGCGGUUAAAGAAGAAGUCGAGGAACUGCAACUUAAAAAAGUUGUUGAAGGAGUAAAGGUAGAAACAAAGCUCGCAGAUGCAACAGGUUUCACACAAGAGCCAAAAGUAGAAUUACUUGAAGACGAUAAGAAAUUUAAACCAUUAGAGACCACAGAAAUUAAAGAAGCUCCAAUAACUAAGGAAGAGAAGGGCCCUCAAGAAACAUUAGCAGCAAAUAUACCAAAACCAUUUGACGAUGGCACUGUUAAAAGGAUGCUGGUUACAGCAUGUAGCGAGGAUGGCAGAGAGGAAACUGAGAUCUGUCCAAGCGGCAGCAUAACUUUUACGAAAACCGUCACUCCAGAUGAUUCUCUUAAGGAUGUAUCUGCUAAAUCUACACCAGAUAAAGAUUCAUUACUUUUAGAUAAAGACUCGCGUUCGGAUAUAAGUACUCCCGAAAAGGAUAGUAUUUCCGAAAAAUCUGCGCCAGAAGGUAAGGAUAAGAUUACUCCGGAAGACAGUUUGGAAAAGUCACCUGGUGGUCCUCGUGAUUCACAGGAUCUUGAAGACAGUUUGGAAAAAUCAGAAUUGCGUAAGCCAAAGGUACCAGAGGAAUUGGAAGAUAUUAUAAAGUCUCCUGUGGAAAAAGAUUUGGAGAUAUCAGAUAAAAUUGCCGAAAAAGAUAUACCGAAAUCGCCUAAAGAGGAACAAGUGGAACCGAAAUCUUCAGCUGAAGAAAAGAUCAAGAAACCUAGUUCUCCAGUUGAAAAAAUCGAAAAAUCACGAUCUCCUUCACCUCUUGAUACAACAACGCAGAAAUCUCCUAUAGAAUUAGCUGAAAAACCAAAACUUCCAAUCGAGAAGGUGCUUCCAGAACCUAAGAAAGAAGGAACGAUUGGUGUUCCAAAGACACCUGAAUCGUUCCAUUCAGAGGACGUUUCACCAGCUGAGACAAUUUUCUCGAAGUCACCCACAGAUAAAUCUGAAAUGUAUUUUGCAAAGGCACCUAUUACCGAAGAAGACGUUGCUAUCGAAAAAGACAUAAAAAAAUUACCUGAAUCUAUUAAAGAAAUUAAAUCAGCCGUAGACAAAGAAUUACCAAUAUCUUUAGAAAAAUCCGAACAAGAUAUUAAAUCUCUCGAUAAAUCCCCUAGUAUUUUAAGUGAUAAAGUCGAUGAGAAAGAAACUGAUAAGUUGAAAUCGCCUAGUAUUAUGGAGAAAGAAACGGUAAGUGAAAAGUUGCCUAUUUUCGAGAGUGAACAUUACGAUGAAAAGGGACCAAUUGACGAAGCUAGAUCUCCAAGCGCGAUUAGCGAUAAAUCCGACGAGAAGAAAGAGGCCGAACGUUCCAAGUCACCGAGCAUAGCUGCGGAUAAGCCGGACCUUCAAGAUGUGACGGAACGUUAUUUAGAGAAACCAAAAUCCCCUAUUUUUGAUAGGCCAGAUUCGCCUAAAGCUAUUGAUAAGACUGAAGAAUCACAUGAUAAAGAUAGAUCUCCCAGUGUAGCUAGUGAUAAAUCAGAUAGCAAGAAAGUAAGUGACCGUUCUAGAUCACCAAGCGUUUCUGUAGAAAAAGUAGAUUUCGAGAGGACCCGAUCGCCUAGUGUCACAAGUGCUAAAGACGACAAACUGGAACAGUUUCCAGUAGCAAAAUCACCUGAAAUACCAAAGGAUGUGUUGAAAUCUCCGAAACUUGAAGAAGAUAAAUCGGAUUUGAAAGAUAUAAUGCAAUCUCCGUUAGAUAAAUCACGAUCACCGAGUGUAACAAGCGGCAUUAGCGAAUCUAAAGAACCAGAUCGCUCAAAGUCACCCAGUAUUGCCGGCGAAAAACCUGAUAUGAAGGAUGUAACGGAAACACCGAUGGAGAAGUCAAGAUCUCCAAGUGUGAUCAGUAUUACGAGUGAGCAAAAAGAACCAGUUGAUCGCUCCAAGUCUCCGAGCAUCGCAGGAGAAAAAAUAGACUUAAAAGAUAUCGCAGAACCUGCAGAUCGGUCAAAAUCGCCAAGCGUAACUGGAGAAAAACCAGAUUUGAAGGAUGUCACCGCAGAGAAAUCGAGAUCUUCUAGUAUUACAGGAGAACAAAAGGAAUCGCUUGAUCGUUCUAAAUCUCCGAGUGUUGCUGGAGAGAAACCGGAUUUAAAGGAUAUCAUAGAACUAUCCGAUGAAAAAUCAAAAUCAGUUGUCGCGAUGAGUGCUACGACUGAUUCGAAGGGACUCGAUGAUCGAUCGAAAUCGCCGAGCAGUACUGAUCUAACGGAUAUUACAGAACAAUCGUCGCUGGAUAAAUCCAAGUCACCUAGUGUCACGAGUAUUACGUCUGAUCAGAAAGAAUCAGUAGAAAAAGCAAAAUCGCCAAUUUCGGACAAGAAGGAAGAACGUGACAGGAGCAAAUCUCCAAGCAUAAUAAGUGAAAAGUCUGAUGAGAAGAAAUCUGCCGAUGGUUCGAAAGCGACCAGUGUUACAGAGGAAAAACCAGAUCUUAAAGACGUGAUGGAACCACCAGCCGAUAAAUCCAGAUCAUCAAGUGUUACGAGUGAGAAAGCGGAAUUAUUUGAAAAAUCGACAUCGCCUGUUUCUGACAAAUUAGAACCACCUGUUGAUCGAAGCAAAUCUCCCAGUGUUGCUAGCGAUAAGUCCGAUGAGAAGACAUCGGAUGACAAGAGUAGUGUUAAAGAACAUUAUGAAAGUGCUGGUGAUAAAUCCCCGAGUUUCGUCGAUGUGAAAAUACCGCACGAAAAAGCUAUGGAAGAGAAACCUUCAACAGUUUCCGGAAAAAUGGACGUUAAGCCAGACGAUAUUAUAUCGCAUGACAGACCGGUAUCUCCAAGCAUUGUUUUUGAUAAGCCGGUAGAUGACACUAAACAGCCAAUAGAGAAAAUAGAUGUUGACGGAUUAAAAACGUCCGGCAUAAUCGGCGAUUCGGAUUUUGUCGAUAAGACAAGAUCAUUAAGCAUUAUCAGUGAUAAGACAGAACCGAAAUCACCAUCCGAUGUCUCAAAGUCACCGAGUUUAGCCGACGAUCAAAAGGAUAAGUCUAGAUCAUCCAGUGUUGCCAGUGAGAGGCUUGAUGAUAUUAAAGUUCCUCAAAUACCAGAAGCAAAGGGAGAACGAUUAAUUUCGUCGAGUUCAGCCGACGAUCAAAAGGAUAAGUCUAGAUCAUCCAGUGUUGCCAGUGAGAGGCUUGAUGAUAUUAAAGUUCCUCAAAUACCAGAAGCAAAGGGAGAACGAUUAAUUUCGUCGAGUUCAGCCGACGAUCAAAAGGAUAAGUCUAGAUCAUCCAGUGUUGCCAGUGAGAGGCUUGAUGAUAUUAAAGUUUCUCAAAUACCAGAAGCAAAGGGAGAACGAUUAAUUUCGCCGAGUUCAGCCGACGAUCAAAAGGAUAAGUCUAGAUCAUCCAGUGUUGCCAGUGAGAGGCUUGAUGAUAUUAAAGUUUCUCAAAUACCAGAAGCAAAGGGAGAACGAUUAAUUUCGCCGAGUUCAGCCGAUGAUCAAAAGGAUAAGUCUAGAUCAUCCAGUGUUGCCAGUGAGAGGCUUGAUGAUAUUAAAGUUUCGCAAAUACCAGAAGCAAAGAAAGAACGAUCAAUUUCGCCCAGUUUGGAUAUCGGAAAGAUCCCAAAAGACGGAUCUGCUAAAUCGUCGCGAGCUAGUUCGCCAGUGGAUAAAACUCCGAAGGAUAGAUCACGUUCGCAAAGCGUCUUCGAUGCUGGCGAGAAAACACCGGUCAGAUCUAGAACAGCCAGUUUAUUCGAUGACAAAUUAUCAGAGAAGCCAUUUCCUCAAGAGGAAAAACAUUUCGACAUGGGGAAACCACUUGAUGAGAAGAAUGAAUGUAAAAAAGAUAGUAAGAGUCCUAUAACUUCUCCUGAGACAAUCGAGAAAAAAAUGCAGAAGAUCCGCGAAAAACGAUUUGCCGAUUUUAAAGAGCCGGACGUCGGACAACCAAGUAAGGUAGAGAAAUCAGACGAUGAAGAAGAAGACGUCAUUAAAGUGACAGCCGAGAAGAAGGCGGAGAUCGAGAAGUACAUCUUAGAUGAGUACAUUGUGAGGAAAAGAAAGAUCAGUCUGACGGUGAUCGAGAGAUUAGUUAUGACGUAUUCAGUGCCCCAAUUUAUAGUGAUGGAGAUAAUAGAAGACAUUAUUAAUCGGCAAAAUAUGCCUAGGAGUGCAGUUUUCGAUUUCGUAGACGACGAAGCCUUCUCCGAGCCUCAAUACGGAAAAGAAUCUGAAACGGAACUGCUGGCGCCGCAAGAAAGAGCGAAAGUAGAAGAAUAUAUUAUUGAGGAAUUCAUUACGAAAAAAAAGAUGAUCACGCCGGAAGCCUUGGAAGAAAUGGUCAUUGUUAAAUCUGUGCCGCGAUACAUUCUCAUUACAAUUAUUGAAGAGAUCAUUGUGAAGAAAAAGAUACCUAGGAACACCGUAAUUGAAGGGGACUUGGGAGAACCGGGAGAAAAAGAUCUAGGUAUUUUUGAAAAAAGAGAGGAGCCUGUUAUGCCAGCUAGCAUGGAUUUCGGAAAAAUAACUCAAGAAGACAUUCACAGUCAUGAAAAAUCAGGUGAUACUACGAAAGGCGAAAAUCUGGAUGGCAAAAUAUCUCCUGCAGGGAGCGAUCGACAUGACAGGGAUUCGAAAGCGGCGCUUUCUGCUAGCCCCAGCUUAAGUCCGGAACCUAUUCCUUCCGACAAAUCAACUCAGGAUAGUCCAGCUCGAUCAGAGCCGCAUAUAGAUGAGGAGAUCCUGAUAUCGGAAGAGAAGCGAAUGGAAAUCGAAAAACUCUUGGAGGAAGAAUAUAUAAAGAAAGGAAAGAAAAUUACAGAAGUGACACUCGAAGAGAUAAUCAUCAUGACUUCUCUACCUAGGUAUAUUAUCCUAGAGAUAGUGGAAGAAAUUAUAUUAAAGAGAAAGAUCCCAAGAGAAUCUGUGAUCGAUGUGGAAAUUUAUCAAGAGGAAGAAGAGGACUACGAUAAGGCAAUGUAUCACUACGAGGGAACAACGGAUGUAGAUUACGAGCUGCCGCAUGAUGCCAGGGGUAUGUAUCCGGAAUCGAGCGAGCAACAGUUGGACAAAUCCGAUUAUCCACCGGAUUACGAGAGCCAGUUUCACAAAGCCUUCGUUGGUGGUAUGACGGAGAUGCGAACGACACAUAUAACCACAUUGUCUGGAAAAUCGACCCCAGAAUUUACACAUGACGCUGCUUCCAAAAUCGAGCCAACCGGUAAAGUGCCUGAAAAAUUAUCGGAAUCUACUCUGACCACGACUCACAUAACGAGAACAGAUGUGGAAGACACGAAGGCUGUGCAAUCUGCUCAAACUGUUACGAUAUUGAGAGAAAGCAAGAUUGCGGAAACUGUCGAUAAAGACAAACCUGAAGAAACUGCGGGGAUUUCGGCAACAGUUACAUCCGGUGAUCAUGCCGAAUCGGAUGGCGACGUUAUUGUAAGUAAGACGACAAUCAAACAUGAAGUGAUUAAAGAGGAGGAAUCUGGGAAGACUGAAGUCAUGAAAGGAAUUGAACCACAAGAAACAGUCAAAGAAAUUAAACAGUCGAGUAUUCAACAAGAUGACCCCGAAGCGAUUACCAAGAUCAUUAAGAAGGAAAUUAUGGAACAUGACGAGCCGGAAGUAGUCACUAAAGUUGUCAAACGCGAAAUUAUCGAGCAAGAUGAGCCUGAAAUUAUCACAAAAGUGAUCAGACGCGAGAUUGUCAUCCCCGAUGAAGAAACCAGCGACUCAAAGGAAGAUUCUGGCGAAUAUAUGAAGACUAUUACAACGAAAACAACGCGAACAAUCGUGACAGAGGAAUUAGCAGAUGCCGAAUUAGCACAAGCUGAUUCUUCGACAAUUUACACAGAUCCUACCUCAGGUUCAACCUACAAGGUUGCGAGUGACGAAGGUGCGUCUGACACAGCCAGCGCCGAUAUAAAGCGAAUCGUGACGACUGUAACCACGAUUACUGGACCGGACGGAAAAGUUACCACAAAGACAGACGUCAAAGAGAGCACGGACACUUUGGCCGGCGAGGAAUUAUUAGAAAAAUUGACGGAAAGUACCAAACCUGCGGAAACAAUUAUCAAGGAAACGAUUACGACUGUGACAUCGGGCACUACAACGCCCGACGUAAAAGCCUUCUAUUCCGAUUCCGGUAAAUCGACACCUGAUCUCAAACAUGAAGCUAAACUUGAAUCUACAAUAAAAGAACGCUUAGACGCAGACAAAUUUGAACAUCCGGUGUCUCCUUUAAUACGAGAACUUAUAUCUGAUGACAAAAGUUAUUCGGGUAAGUCUUCACCGGAUAUAUCGUUGCCUAAGGAUAUCGUCUUCAGUGGCAAGUCUACGCCAGAGGUUCCUACGUCGCCGUUGAUCAGAGACGGCGCUGUAGUUCAACCUCACGUAUCGGGUAGAUCGACGCCCGAUAAAAGAUCCGACUGUCGAUCCUCUACGAGUACACCGGAAGGAUUUAGAUCGGGCGAGAUGAUACGAACUAUCGUUACGACUACAAAGACGGUAUCCGACGAAGGUGAAAUAGUAACGACUACUAGGGAGGUCACAGAAACGACAAAUGAGAAAGGCGAGACAGUUGUAUUGGCGGAAAAGACUGAUGUGAAGGUAGACGAACGUCUGCCAAGCAAAGAUGCCGCGGAAAGCGCGAUCAGCAGUAUUAUCGGCAGCAUCAAAUCCUCGGAAUUGCAACGUGGCGGUAGUCCAGACGUGGCAGGGUCCGACGACGUAACCAGCGAAAAGGAUCGUGAUCCAGCCAGUCCAUUGAGUGAACAUAGUAGCACACGUAGUAAAGUCAUGACACACCCAUGGGGUAGCAGCGAGGAGCGACAUACUUAUUCUGACGAUGAACCACCCAGUUCGUCUCUUUCUUCAACCUCGCAAGUCGGUUAUUCACCGCAAACAACGCGUCGCUAUGAAUCAUCUUCUGAUAAACAAGAGGAGCAGAAACAAGUGGAAUUCUCGGCGGCUGCGAUGAGCAGCAGCUUCUACGGUGAGCUGCCAGCGGUACCGCCUCAGAUAUCUGCUAUGAAAACCUUCCACGGUGAGACUGGUAUGCAGAAAAGCAGUGAUCCCAUUCACAGUCGAUUCACAGUAGAAAAGGAGCCCGCCGGUGAUUAUGGCGAAAAAUCGGACGCAAAGAGAUACGUCGACGAAGCCGAUCUCGACUUCGAUAAAGCUCUGAUGGAUAAAGAGAUGAAGGAGGCCGGAGGGAGCUUCAGCAGCGGAAUAGCGCCCAGGUACACCAAUGGUAGCCUUCGUCAUGAAGCAACCGACGAAAAAGAUCAUCCAUCGUCUUCGUUCCGGGAUGAUAAAGAUGAUUCAAAGGGUGACUCGAAAAAAGAUCCUUUGGAGGGAUGGGGAACCCCUCUUGGGCUGCCGUCUCCUAAACCGCCCAAAAAGUUUAAUCUGAAGAACUCUGCUCAAUCUCCAUCGUGCUCAAGUGAGACAACCUCCGAUACUUUGAAUUUCGAUGUUGUAAAAAAUUGGGGAGAACCUCUUAGGCUGCCUUCCCCCGCACCAGUGACCAAUGAGAUAUCGAACAAGGGAGCGCCCAGUACACCGAAAAAAGAACGGAAACAAGCGAAGAAGAUUCAAUCGGAGAAUAUCAAGAACAAAAAACGUUCGGAAAGCCCCGGUAAGAACGAAAAGAAGAUGAAAGAUUCGAAGAAUAAGGUCCAACCGGUUUACAUGGAUUUGGCGUAUGUACCCCAUCACGGAAAUUCGUACUACACAUCCUUGGAAUUCUUCAAGAGAGUGCGAGCGAGAUAUUACGUCUUUAGCGGCACCGAGCCCAGCCGGGAAGUCUAUGACGCUCUAUUGGAAGCUAAAAAGACUUGGGAGGACAAGGAUCUCGAGGUAACCAUGAUUCCGACCUACGACACCGAUACUUUGGGCUAUUGGGUCGCCGAUAACGAGGAAGCGCUCGCGGCGAAUCACAUAGAUCUAUCACCGUCCGCGUCCAGGUGUACUAUCAAUCUCCAGGAUCACGAGACUAGUUGCAGCGCCUACAGAUCGAACAAAGCUCUAUCUGUUGCGGUACUUAAAUCCCAGCUGCGUGAGAAACGUUUGGCCGAUGUUCUCUGA